UGUGUGUGUGUGUGUGUGUGUGUGUGUGUGUGUGUGGAUCUGUGAAAAAUGUACUGUUCUAAAAACAUGUGUAUGUGUAUGUGUAUGUGUUUUUGAGUGAUUUUCUAUGGUAAUAAAUUGUGCUGGUGAAUGGUUAUAAAUUGAACUAUUCCAGUAGCGCGCAUUAUAUAAGUGUUGUGAGUUCAAGUGUUUCUGUUUACGAAAAUCAUCAAUUUUAAAUCGAUCAAUUGAUUAGUAUAGUUAGACGUGAAGUAAUCAAAUACAUUGAGCUUCCUCUUAGGCUUGUUUGGAAGAAAAACAGAAACAGGAAGAAGAAGAAGUAGAAGGGGAGAGGGACAAGAAGGAAGAGGAGGAACGGAAUAUCAAGUUAGAACUUGAAGAAUACUCCAUAAAUAUUUCGUGAAAAUGUAAUGAAACAAGAAGGAAAUAUAACAUUAGGAUCAUAAGAUCCCUUAUAAAAUGAGCAAUGAAACGUUUGCAAAAACCUUGAUCGGCGACAUACCAUACGCCGACGAAGAUGGGUAUUCGAUUGAUCAAAUACCACAUUCGAGAUUGGUAUCGAAAAUUUCAACGACGAACGAGAAAGGAAAUCUUCGAAUCACACAAAUAUCACGUACCGCAAGAACAAUCUUUCUCGACAAGAAGGAAAACACCAAAAACGAUAAUAAUAGAACGUCGAGUCCGAAAUAUAUUUAUUCGGAAAAAAAUGCGAACGAACAUCGAUCGAUCAGUAAAAAGAUCGACAAGUUUCAAAAUCCUAAUAAAACUCGGUCAAAACAUACACAGCAACAACAACAACAACAACAACAACAACAACAACAAAAACAACAACAAAAACAACAGCAAAUACAACAACAAAGUAGUUACUCAAGCAGCGAGGAAAGUAUAAUAAGAAACAAAUCAAAAAGUACAAGUUCAGCGGAUACUCAGUCAGUAAAUAAUAUAUUAGAUGAAUACGAAGACGAAAGGAUUAUUGAAUUUAGCGAUGUAGGUAGUACUACCUGUACGAUAAAUAAAUCUGUAAAAAUAGAACAUCCGAAAAAAAAACAAAUCCAACAACCUCAACAAUAUCAUUACAAUCAUCAAGAAACAAAACGAACAAUUUGUAACAAUUCGUUUGUACAUCAUAAAGAAAAAUGUGAAUCAAUCUCAAAAGUUAAUCAACAGACACAAGUUAGACAGAGAUCACGCGAGAGAGGAAAAGAUUUAACGAGAUAUUCUUCUUUGGCAUUGACAUCAUCGCGACGAGCAUCGCCAUUGAUUGUCGACAAUAUCGAUCGAAUCGCAACAUCGGUGCCAUCCUCAAAGGCGAAUGAUGAUUUACCAAGAAAAGGCGAGGUUCAGAGACGCGUCGACGAAUGGUUGAGUCAAGCACAAUUACAAAGUUCCGUCGGCCCGCUACGUGAGAAGCCAUUAACCAGAUCAAACAGCAGUGCUGAACGACGAAGUAGUCAAAGAAGAUGUCAACGAAGUAGUCAAGAUCCAAGGUCGAGGUCAAUCGACGAGUCCACCGAACGAGCUAACGGUGGAGCUUCUUCAAGUUACGAUGACCUUACACGAACCAACCCAGAUCCAACAACCUCUUCUUCUUCAUCCUCCAAUUUUGUAUUCAAUAAAGAAACUUAUAAGGAUUAUUUGCUGAUUAAAAAUAAAACUAGACAACAGGAUUAUGGAUUUAUAGCUUCUAACGGUGUUAAUAGAAGAGAUAUCAGUCCAAAUACUUCAUCAAAAAUACCACAACGUGGGACGAGUUUUAAACGAAACGACUCAAAAAAUAAGAAAUUAUCUAAUUCUAAUUACAACGAUGGAUUAUUAUCGACAAAUACGUCAGCUGUUUUAUCUAGAAAAUCAUCUUUUACAAAAUCUCAUCAAAAUAAUUACCUUGAAUCUUCUAAUAUUACCGCAUCUACCGAAGUAUCUUUGAUUGGCAAAAGAAAAGACAAUGAAGAUAAUUCGAAGGGUCGGAUAAUUCAAGAUGAAGGAAGAAUAAAUGAGGACCAGCGGAUCGCACAAAUAAAUAAGGACGGUGAAAGUAGUAGGGUUUGUUCGCUUACCGAGAGAUUGGAUAAAUCUUCGGAAGACGCGGUCCUGUGUAAAUCGAGUCUCGAGAUCGUUAAAAAGUAUAGUAUAGAAAAUCCAGAAGCUAAGGGUAGUCUUGUUAGCGUACAAGUACGCGUACCGUCUCAGGGUCAUAUCGAUUGGAGAAAAAUAAAUCAAAAUAAAGUAGCAGCACCGAUUUGUUCUAGAAAAGAGAGCAUCAGUGGUUCUCGCGUUAAAAAUCAAUGUUCGAUGGCCUUGAACGAAGAGUCUGGCUCGACGAGAUCAACUACAUUCAAGCCUAACGAAACACGAAAUUAUGCGAAAUCUGCGAAGCUUGUAACAAAGGAUAAUAAUGCAGCGACUAAUACAAUGAAAUAUAUUUCCACUUGUUCGUCGUCGUCGUCUAAUCAUGUAGAAAAGAUUUAUGAACGUAGCUUAGAACCGCAAGUGAUUUAUGCCGACGAUCUUCGUUCGAUUCUAAGACCAUCUUUACGUAUCUCUGCGUAUGGCGAACGCGAGGAAGACAAUCUGAAGAAAGGACAAAAGGAAGACAAAGACGAAAAAGAAAAGGAAAAAGAAAAAGAAAAAGAAAAGGAGGAAGAUAUUUAUGGCAGGAUUGGAGAAAUGAGACAGGAGACUCUCGAGACUAUUAUGGAAGAUGAUAGAAAAAUUGAAAUUGUUUGUGGGAAGGGAUCAGUGACCUUGGACGAUUGGAAAAUUAUAGAUGAAAUGAAUUCGAUCGAUACCGAUGAGAAAUCAAUAGAUAUUAAAAAUAACAUAAUAGAGAUUGAUGAAGGUGGUUCUGAUCUAGAGGAUAGAUUAGACAAUCAUGAUAAAUUGUUCUCUUUUGAGAAUAAUGGUGAUGAAUUUGCAAUGAGAAAGUUCAAGGUCGAGGAAGAUACUCGACAAGUUAGGGCAAUGAUCGAGGACGAUCGAUCGAUCCUUUCGAAGGAAAAUAAGGAGGACAGAUCGAGUGGUAUGGUGGUUAAGGAGAGUCUUCUGAAGAAUUUACAAUUUGAUGCUGGUUUACCGGCGAAAGUCGAACGUCGAAGCGAGUCGAAGUGUGGCGAUCAGCAAGCGAACAGGUCCAAGCUGUUCGACGAUCGAGUACAACUUGUUCAGAGGGACAAGAGAAAGGGGGAAGAAGAGAACAAGAGUCAAGAAGAAAUGGAACACUUCAGGCUGAUGGAUUUGCUCAGAAAUGGCGACUACGAAGCAAUCAAAUUGGAACUUGAAAGAAGUUCAUCUAGAGAAACAUUGUCGUCGCCGGUUGGUAACAGUCCGGUUUGUUGUCAACCAUGCAGUCCAGCUUGCAGUCCAGCUUGCAGUCCGCCUUGCAGUCCACCACCAGCACCAGCUGCAUACAUAUCAAGUGCUCGUGCUUCUUCAAGAAGACUCACUACCGGAAGCGGGCUCGGAGUUCUUCCAUCCCCGGAAAGAGAUCCUUUAGGAAGAUUACUCAGAUUCUUGAAAACUUUCUACACGGAAUUAGGAAAACGCGAUCCACCUCAUAUGCCGGCAUGGGUUUGUCCUUUGCCUCUUGGAAGUCUUUGUCCGGCUCACUUCAAACCACAUUUGCAGUUGGUGCAUAAAAGUGAACAGGAACAUCGUCUCGAGAACAUCAAGCCGGACCAAAUCUUCGCACCUGUCAGAUUAAGCGAUGGCACCGUGUCGGAAGCACCCAGGAGAGUUGCGAUAGAAGGUGGUCCAGGAAGUGGAAGAACAACGCUGUGCUUACGUUUACUUUAUCAAUGGGCAAUUCAAGCCGAAGGUCCAGCUUUGGCGUUUAUCGUACCGCUUCGAGAACUUCGUGGCAGUCCACUUUUAACUUAUUUGGCACGAGAACUUUUACCAAGGACAGCAGCUCUCGGAGAUGCCGUAAAUCAAGUUUGGCGUACGUUACAUCUGAUGGAAGACCGAGUGCUCUUCGUAUUGGACGGUUACGACGAAUGCGUAGGAGGAAGAGCGUCUCUGGGAGAUGCGGCAGAUCUCUUGGAAGGCCGAUUAUUUCCAGAAGCAAGAAUACUCGUCACUUGUUCGCCUAUCAAUACAGCUACUUUAUCGCCAUUGGUACAAAGAAGAAUUCAUUUGGCUGGUCUAGAAUGGCCACACGUCGAAAGACUCUGCGUUGCUUAUUUCAUUCACAACAAUAUGGCAGGCAGAGCUUGUGAAUUUUUAGAAGCUUUGAACGUUCAACCCCAACCUGUCAAACAAUUAGGUCAACAUCCACUUGGUUGGAUCAUGCUUUGCUGUCUUUACCAGGAUUCAGGAAGUUUACCGAGAGAAACGAGCGCUCUCAUGCAUGCCGCGAUUAAAUGUAUCGUAAAAAGAAGCCUCGAGCCAGCUAUUCCCUACGAAGAAGAGAUUCCAGGACAUUGUAGAAAACGUUUAGAAGAGUUUGGCAAGGUAUCUCUUGCAGCAUUAAGGGAAGGAAGGUGUUGCUAUACCGAAGCUGAAAUAAGAGCACGUGGUGGUGGGAUCGAAGUUACCAGGCUAGGCUUUCUUACUAAAGGAUUGACCCUUGGCCAAAGACGUAAACCGGAUCUCUUCACUCCUAUUCACGUAGCCGUGGCCGAGUUCCUUGCAGCUUAUUACCUCACCUCGGUCGCUCAAUACGCGAACAUCCUACGAAGAGAACUCGAGGGUCUGCCAUCGGGUAUUAUAGGACAUCUCGCUGGUCUUUUAGGGCCGAAGACACACCUCAUUCUUAAUCAGCUUUGUCCUUUAGAAGUACCACCUAGAUCGGUAUUUUCUUUAUUGAAAGCAGCUGGUGCAUCGGAUGGUAACGUUUCAGCCGUUUGUCGAUUAGUUGGUGCAGGUUCUGGUUUCGGACCAGCCCCUAAUGAAAAACCAUCAGCACCUUUGGUACACACUUCACCUUUAGAACUAGAAGGUUGGUCCAAAAUACUCCAAAGCUCGGCUUGUACCCUCGAGGCUCUCGAAUUGGUCUUCCAAUUGGAAAGAGGAUUCGACACGAGGUAUCUCGACGAAUUCUUCGAUGCUUUAGCUACUAACGAGAGUGUUAAACUCGUUAGGAUUACUUCGCUCCUUGGCCAAGAAUUUCCGGCUGACGAGGCAUUAAGGCUGGCUGGACAUUUAAAUAGUGUGCUCGGAAAGAAGAAACUCAAUGACUUCGAGUUGGUUAUCACUUGCCUUGAAGAAUCUGCGCAUGACAAAUUAGAAUGUGUGGUGAACGUGUUAUGUCGCGGCCUAAGUCAUGCUUCUAAUAGCUUGGCACGUUUGGUCCUCGACAUGAAUCUGUCCGGAGAACAAGUAUCACGGAUCUGCGAUGCACUUCGCGGCUGCGUUCAAGUACAGGCACUGCACUUGCCCCAUUUGGGUUGUGGCUCAGAGGGUCUCGCCUCCGUUGCUGAGUUGCUCAAGGAGAGACCUCUUCUUGCUCUCAAUCUAGCCGGAAGUUGGGGCUCUAAGAACGAAGAUCCUUCUAGUUCGGGGAUCAGUAUGGGUUCAGGUUCUGGAUCCGGUAGUAGUGGAUACGCCUCAAGCAUCCUCGGCACUCUCCCCUUAAAUCGUUGCUACUCUUCUUUACCUCGUGGUGCUUUGGCAGCUUAUGGAAGUUUAACUAGGCCAGCAACCUUACCACGAUUACCUUUUGGAUUGGGUCUCGGCCUUGGUCUUGGUCCAACGACCGCUCAUGGACAUGGAUACAAUACUGGUAGUACUACCGGACCUACCGGACCUACCGGUUCAACUACUACUGUCCCUGCUACUUCAACGGGAAACGAAAAUGCCAGUGCUACCGGAACCAGUGCACCACCUUUACCGCAAAAUGAUAGCAAUGGAAGUAGCAAGCGAAAUAGCGACAGCGUACUUUGUCAUAGACCACCUCUUAUGCAUCCAUUACCUACUUGUGACGUUAGCAAUCAUCAGGGUACCGGAUUUCAUGAAAUCUUCAAUGCUAUUAGAGAGCCCAGCUGUAAGCUGAGAUCAUUGAACGUGUCUAAAUGUCUUUUGGGCGGCUUAGAUGCUGGCUGUUUAGGAGAAACUAUAAGAAAAGCACGACAUUUGAAUGCUCUUAGAGCUGCUGGUGCUUCAAAACCAGCUGAUGUUAUGCCGCUCGUCUUGGCCUUGACAGAGGCACCCUGUCUUCAACUUCUUGAUCUAGCCAGUCCAAGACUAGCCCUCGAUGAUCAUCCAUCUAGACUUCUCUGCCAAGCACUCGCUAGGAAUACAACUUUAAGGCUUCUCAGUCUCGAAGGUUGGACCUUCAGAAUAGAAGAAUCUGAAACGCUAGCGGUAUUCUCAGAGUUACUGAGAUAUACGAACGUGAGGGAAUUAAGUCUAUGUAAUGCUCGCCUCCACCUGGCGGUCCACGAAGGUCCUCUCGCGAGAUUAGGACGUCGUGACGAUGCUGGUGCUGAGUUACUACGAGCUGCACCCCCUCCAGCUUGUCCUGCUAUCGUCUUUCUCAGACUGGCUGGAUUCCAGGUGACAGUAAACGAUCGACUGGCAUUACGCGGACCUCUAUUACUUCCAUUCUUAGCAGGCUUCACCGGUUUAAGCGAGCUUGACCUAUCAUUAGACAAAUCAGCCAUAGGUGGUAGCAGUGGAUCCUUAUUGUUCAUCGAUGAUAAAAUACUUCAACAAUUUUUUGCUUGUCUCUCUUCUCACUUCCGUAAUUUACAAUCAUUACGAAUCAAUUUCUGGCGUAUCAGUUUAGAAGAUAGCGAAAGGACAAUGCGUCAAAUAGCAAAAUAUAUCAAAGUUUGUAAUCUAAGUUUUCUCAAAAUGAAUGGAUUGAUCGUCACUGACAGCGCUAAAAAAACACAAAUGGAACAUGUCUUUAUUCAAACGAUUAUUAUGAAUCUUCAGUAUCUUACUUGGCUUUGUUUAGAUGGUAUCGAAAUGACAGAGAAACAAGCAUCGAGCAUUGGUAAAUGUACGAGAGAUCGUUAUACAGGCAGUUGUUUUGAGAUUAGUGCUAAAGACGUUAAUGUAAAAUCGGUCAAAGCUUUCGUAGCAGCCAUCGAAGAAGGUGGCAGAGCUGAAGUUGUUUAUACCGGUGGUUCCAAUUGUAGAUUGAAAAUUACUAUGUUACAGAAGAGUGGUAAAAACAAAAAGAAAUGAAUACAAUAAAUAAAUAAAAAGGAACAAGAGUCAGAAUUUUCAAUGAAAAAUUAAAUAUAAACAGGUUGAAUCCUGUCCAAGUAGAAACGUUCCUAGUAAGGCAUAUUAAAGAAAGAAAGCUACUAUUAAUAGAAUAGAAGAAAAUCGAAAACAAGUUGAUGAAGAAUUAACAAAGAAAAUAUAUAUACAUAUUGAUUUUUAAGUUUUUAUUUUUAGCAAACAGUUUUUUAGAUUUUCAUUUAUUUAAAUAAAUAGUACAGAGGAGAUAAAAAUUGGGACCAGAAUCUCCAGGUCCUCUAUAAAAUGAAUGCUGCUGAUGAUGACUAUGUGAUGGCAUUUAUUUCCUUAAAUUAUUCCAAAAUUAAUUGUUUUAUAAA